AUGACGACAGAUGAUAGAAGCUUGGAUGAACGGGAAUUGAAAGAAGCAUUGAAAAUGUAUGGACUUGAGGACAAGCACUCGUACACCAAAGACGACGUUAAAAAAGUUUACCGCAAGCUGGCUUUAAAAUGUCAUCCAGACAAAGCAACGACAGACCCUGAGAGCAACGCAAAAUUCCGGAGGGUUGGUAGAUUCAGGGAAAUUCUGGACAAAUACGUUGACAUGCGUGAUACUCGUACAACGCUUUCCUCACAUGAUGAUGAUGAUGUCGAAACCUUGGAAAGUAGGAUUAGGAACAGGGAUGCCUACAUGCGAGCUCUCGAGGAUUAUAUUGAGGAGCUUAGAAGGUAUGGUGAAUGGCAGGAAGAACAAGAGAAACAGCGCGCACAUAACAGGAAGCAGUGGGAGGAUUUUCAGCGUACGAAAGAGGAAUAUAGAAGGCGUGAACUUCAACGUCAAGCAUGGCUCCAACGUAAGCGUGAAGAGGAUAGACGACAACGUGAAGCAGAACGCCAGAGAUUUAUAGCAGAGGCUGCGCGGGCUCGCGCAAAAGCUGAAGCUGAGAGAGAAGAGGAAGAACGCCGAAGAUCCAAGAGAGAGGCAGCACAGUCGCGUGCAAGAGCUGACGCUGAAAGAGGGGAUGAAUGGAUUUAUCAAACUGGUACAGUAAUCACUGCAGUGAAGUAUAGCAUACACGCUGACCUGUCUGUCAUAGGAGUUCCAGGACCUCGCAAUCCCCGACCUGGAGUGGAUUUUAAUUACGUGCAUGCGCCGUCAUCCUCCACAGCGAACCGACGGUCGAGGCGAACACGGUACCUGGGAGAGGUUAUGACCAACACCGCAGACGUGAUCGUCAACAGGGCAUCUCUUCAGCAUCUACAAGGAUAG